AUACUAUAUAGUAAUAAUUAAAUAAAAUAAUGAAAAUGUAGGAAUGCAAUCGUUGUUUUAUUUAACUCAAAGACCCAUCCCUUUCUAAUUCUUUCUCCCUUUCCGAUUCACAGAAACAACUCCUCUCUACUCAAACCCUUCUUCCUCAGCCUCAUAACAACAACAACAUCAGCAACCCCCUUUCCCCAAACCCUAGAAUCGCCACACACAGAUAGAUCUCCCUCCAAUUCCCAACCAAAGCUUGUCCCAAACACCGUUGACCACACUCCAACACCCACACAAAAAACUUGCCUUUUUCUUUCCCGCUUCCCUCUUUUAUUCGGCCUAGGAAUGUUGGGUACUGGCUUGAACUUCGGCCGCGCUCGCGGAGAGGAUCGCUUCUAUUCGCCGGCCAAGGCUCGCCGGUCCUUUCAAACCAUGGAGAAUGACAAGCUGCGUAGGGCCUACAGCGACGUCACGUCGACCGCCAAGUCAGAUUUGGCUAACCGGGUCGAGAACCGGCUCGCCUCGGAGGAGGUAAAGAAGGGUGGCGCGGUGCCCUCCUAUGAACCGGUCGGGAACCGGCUCAGUAAUCUGGAGCGGUUCUUGCACGCGAUCACGCCCUCCGUGUCUGCUCAGCAUCUCCCUAAGAGGACGGCGAGAGGACUCAGGGAAUGCAAUGCGGAGUUUCCGCCUUUCUUUGUUCUGGGUGAGUUGUGGGAAUCAUUCAGGGAAUGGAGUGCAUAUGGUGCUGGAGUUCCGCUUGUACUGAAUAACAAGGAUAGUGUUGUUCAGUAUUAUGUUCCCUAUCUAUCUGGGAUUCAAAUUUAUUCCCAGACUGCGAAGCCAACUGUAAAGUCAAGGCAAUUCGGGGAGGAUAGUGACAGUGACCUCAGGGACUCCAGUAGUGAUGCUAGCAGUGAUUGUGAAGCUGCAAGUGCGAGGGGAUUGAAAUGCACGAGAGAACAAAGGAAUCUUCCCCAUCCGUCAGAAGCGGUACCUCAAAGGAUGGGUGGAUUAUCUUUGAGAGAUCACCAUUCUCUCCCCGAAGAUGACUUUUCUAGUGAUGAUGGAGAAUCUGUCAAUUCUCAGGGUUACUUGAUCUUUGAGUAUCUUGAACGAGACCCUCCUUACAGCCGUGAACCUUUGGCUGAUAAGAUAAUGGACCUUGCUUUUGGUUUCCCUGAACUGAUGACCCUUAGAAGUUGUGAUAUACUAGCAUCAAGUUGGAUAUCUGUAGCCUGGUAUCCAAUUUACCGGAUACCAACUGGUCCAACACUAAAAGAUCUAGAUGCUUGUUUUCUAACAUACCAUCAUCUUUGUACACCCAUGGGAGGUUCGCAAAAGGUGCAGGCUCCAGCUCCACAUCCUACUGAAAUGGACAGUGACCAGAAAAUGUCUUUACCUGUUAUUGGUCUUGCUUCAUACAAGUUCAAAGGAUCUAUGUGGACUCCUAAUGGUGGAUAUGAACGCCAAUUAGCUAACUCUCUUUUGAAGGCUGCGGACGACUGGUUAAGACCACUUCAAGUCAAUCACCCAGAUUUCUUGUUUUUCAGUCGUCGAUGAUGAUAGGUUGACUGUCAUAUUUAUAGUUUGGGCAUGUAAGAACCAAACGUUAGUAUUUUCCAGUCCCUCUUCUUUUGGUUCAUUUCUUAGAUCUCAUAGUGAUGAAGUUGGAGUUAAUCACCUAUUUGACAAAGGAAAAAAGAAAAAUGGAAAAAAAAGAUGUUACGCACUGUUGUCCUUGGCAAUUCACCGCAUUGUUUCCUUUCGUAAUAAGUGAAAGAAUCAGAAAAGUAAUGGCAAUAAAGCAGUGAAGCUUUGGGCAAGCGGCAGUGUUGAGGCUACUUAAGAAUGUGUUCAUAUUGAUGCACAAAUUAACAAGCAACUUCUCAAGUGUUGGUUGAUAUGUUAGGAGGUUGUUUGUUUGCUAACAUCAGUGAGUCCUACAUCAGUUGCUUCUUAUCUGUUGGUAACUUGGUAUGGUUUUGUUAAAGAGAACAGGCUACUUUUUUUCUGUCCUGAUGAUGCACUAUAUAGGACUUGCUUUAAUUUAAUGGGGAAUAUUGUGUUGGAUAUACUCGUGCUUGAAUUGCCCCCGAACUCUCUUUAUUUGAAUUCCUAUUAGUUAUCUUUCUUA